UUCUUAUUUUCAGCAUCCCCUCUCUCUUUUUAUCUACAAAAUCGACGAGAUUCGUAAGAAGCAAUACGAUCGACAUGUCGGGCGUGUGGGUGUUCACGCAGAAUGGCGUGGUGCGCCUCGUGGAGAGCGACACCGCAGCAGGGCGGCGCAAAGUGCUGCUGCACACACCGACGAACGAAGUGAUCGCGUCCUACGCCUCGCUCGAGCGCAAGCUGUUGAGCUUAGGGUGGGAGCGAUACUACGAGGACCCCAACCAGCUCCAAUUCCACAAGCGCUCCUCCCUCGACCUCAUCUCCCUCCCCAAGGAAUUCGCGCGCUUUCGCUCCGUGCACAUGUACGACAUCGUCGUCAAGAAUCGCGAGCACUUCAAGGUCGUCGAUAUGUAGAAGAGCAUAUGCUUAUUCAGUGAACUUUUCUAGGGUUAAAUUGCUUAGGAUGUAUUGCUAAGUUAUUAGGAGUAAGAAAUUGUGUGUGUGUGUGUGUGUGUGUGUGUGUGUGUGUGUGUGUGUAAAAUAGAGCUUGUUGGAGUUCAUUGCAUGAGUUUGUUAUGUGUUAGUCCGUGACAUAGUGAACAGUACUGUGUAUGAAGCUAAUU